AUGGCAAAUAAUCAAGAAACCAUUUGUUGUUGUUAUCGUGAAAGAAAAAAACAAUAUGAGAAAACAAAAACGAAUAAGAAUGAUACGACCAAUAUUCGUUCAAUUGUUAAUGCUGAAGAAUAUAAGACGGAGAGAGAACAAUUUUUGGAUUAUUGUGCUCGAAAAGAAAAAUCAAAAUUGGAUAGACGUGAACUCGAAACUGCUUUACGUACAUUGAUUGAAUUAUUGAAAAAUCAUCUCAAUAAAUCUUUCAAAGGCAAAGAAUUUGAGCUGAAUAUUCCAGAACUAGAAAAUUCUUCAUAUACAUACGAAGAAGGUAUCAAUAUCUUUAUUAAUAUACUUAUUCAAUGUGCGUCGAAUCUUGAUGAAGAUUUAGACAAAUUUAAACAAUGUUUAAAGGAUACAUUGGAGAAGUCAUUGAAAAAUAAUGAAAAGGAUUUAUCGUAUAUCACCUGGGAAUUAAAUGUUGAAAAUAUCAUUUUUUAUUUGACAAGUUUUAUAUGUGCACCUUGCUGUUUGAUUGGCACUCUGAUUUGCUCUCUCAAAACAUAUAUAUCCGAUAAAAAGUUAAGAUCAGGCCCUAAAAGUUGUUGUAUUGAAUUUUGGAGCCAUUUCGUUUACACAGUCUGUAUUGGAUUAAUAAUAUUUAAUAUUAUUCAAUUUUAUUGGUUUAAUGUAUUACCAUCAAAAGCAAAUGAAUUGGAAAUCUAUUGGCCAGUAGCAUUAAUUAUUUCGAUGAAAACUGUUCUUAAUGUUUAUCAAACAUCCAAAGAAUAUCGUGAUCGUCGUCGUAACAAGAAAAUGAUACAAAAAGCUUAUCGAAAAGCAAAUAUUUUGUNUUGCAGGGAGGGAAGCCUGUGUGUCCUGUGGGAAAGAAUUUCGAAAGAAGAUUUAUCGUUUCAAUCACUUACUAAAAUGGAUAGUUUUCAUGGAAAUUUACGAUCAAAAGGUUAUUUGUAUUAUAUUGCUUAUCUUCUUGUUUCAAUUUCCGCAUCUGUAAUCCUUGGAAUAUUACAUUCGUUUAUUCCAAUAAUUUAUCGAAGUACUAAAACAAAUGAAACUCUUCGUGAUAUGAAUUGGCAAGUGAAUACCAUUCGUUAUUCAUAUGUGGCAUUUUCAUGUGUCUUUUAUUCUCUUUUGAUUUGGAUGAUGGUCGAAAGUAUUGGAAACUAUUCUUUAAUGCUAUGGAAAUUAAAAAAACUUUUCUUGAAAACCAAUUUAUUUGGAAAUAUUAGUUUGGAAAGUGGAAAUUUAUUAAAUUUAUAUAAAUCAGAUGAUCUUGAAUUUUUUGUUUCACUUUUUCAACCAAUUAAACGAAAAGUCGAUCCCUAUAAUCUUUAUCUUUCAACAAUGACCUGUGCUUUAGUUAUAGAUGGUUUAUUAAUUCUAACUACUGUAGUACAUUUAUUUAUAUAUGGUAAAUCAUUUCAUUUAUUAAUCAUUUUGUGUUCUAUUGAUAUUUUAAUUUUAUCAUUUUCCAUUUUAAUUUUUUUAACUAUUGUUGUAUUUAUUAACAAACUCAUGACAACAACUUUAGUUUUACAUUUGAAGAAUAUAAAAGUAAAUUCUUUAUCACCAAUAAUGAAUGAUGGAAAUGAAAAUGGACGGAUUCGUUAUUUAAAUGCUGUUAUUGAAUAUAUGGAAUAUGAAACGAAAGAAAAUGCUAUCAAAUUAUUUGGACUUCUUGUUAUUGAUCAUAAACUUGCUAUUAAAGUAGUUCUAUCUGUCAUCGCUAGUUUUGGAUCACAAUUUAUUGCUUAUUUUAAACAAGAAUAA